AAAGCAAAGCUAUGAACGGCAUAGAGAGAAGUGGAGAGGGGGAGGGAUUACCUCUUUAAUUCUCCUAUUUGCAUAUUUUAUAGCAGUAAACACUUUUUUUACGUUUACGUUUUAUUCUCCAAGCUGCAUAACGAAGGGCCGACUCUAUCAAACUUUCUGUUAGUUAGCUGUCUGACAUUAGCUCCUGUUUAAUAGCCCCCUGGUGACUUCAAACAACUUGUCAACAGCCGAUCGAUCCGAGGACAGCCCUGCUUUUCCUGCUCGUUAGCUCCAGCUGGCUCACGGAGCGGGAGCCUCCACUGAACCAGCGGUGCUACAGUGGCAGAGGGGUCAAGCCAUGGUAGCUACGUGACAUGAGAUGAGCGGCCGAGUCAGCUUCAUCAGGAACCAUGGAAGGGUUUCAGCAAACUGCGACGGAGCAGCACAGCAGGGUGAAUGGCUACUGUGAAGCUAGGUCUCCGCUGGACGAGGCUGACGUCAGGUGGACCCCUCCUGAGGUAGAGUCGGCUGGCUCAGACAGCUGCGGGGCCGCCAGCGCGUCGGAGAGUACGGACAUCCGGGAGGUUAAGACCAGGGAGAGUGAAGAUGAGGAGGACGAGGAACAAAAAGGGGAAGUGCUUUCUGCCAGAGGCCCAUUGGGGGAGCAGAAGAAUAAUCAGAAAGAGGAUGAAAAUCAGGAUAGCUGUCACAGCUUGCAGAACAACAGUGCAUCAUCAAGCUAUACGGAUCUUUCCCAUAUGUCUUCGCCAUCACUAUCAGAGCAGCUCCGACUGGGUAAAGAAGACAACGCAGGGUCUGGGAUCAGCGUGGAGUGUAAGGUCUGUGGGGACAAGGCGUCUGGCUUCCAUUAUGGAGUACAUGCCUGUGAAGGCUGUAAGGGCUUUUUCCGGAGGACCGUGCGAAUGAAACUGGAAUACGAGCGCUGUGAGCGCUCCUGCAAGAUUCAGAAAAAGAAUCGCAACAAGUGCCAAUAUUGUCGCUUCCAGAAGUGCCUGUCUUUGGGAAUGUCCCAUGAUGCGAUCCGAUACGGACGCAUGCCUGAGGCAGAGAGGAAGAAGCUGGUGGCGGGCCUGCUUGCAGAGGAGCUAAACCUUAGCAAACCUGGUGGCUCAGACUUGAAGACGUUGGCGAAACAGGUUAACACAGCCUACCUGAAGAACCUCAGCAUGACCAAGAAAAGAGCCCGCAGCAUCUUGACCGGCAAAACCAGCAGCACCUCACCUUUUGUGAUCUACGACGUGGAAACGCUCUGGAAGGCAGAGAGCGGGUUAGUUUGGAGCCAGCUAGUUCCUGGUGCACCUCUGACCAAGGAGAUCGGAGUCCAUGUGUUCUAUCGCUGUCAGUGCACCACAGUGGAAACCGUGCGAGAGCUUACAGAGUUUGCCAAGUGCAUUCCAGGGUUUGUGGACCUUUUCCUGAAUGACCAGGUGACGUUGCUCAAAUACGGCGUUCAUGAGGCCAUUUUUGCCAUGCUGCCAUCACUCAUGAACAAAGAUGGACUUUUGGUGGCAAAUGGGAAAGGCUUUGUGACAAGAGAGUUUCUACGGAGCUUAAGGAAGCCCUUCAGUGAGAUCAUGGAGCCAAAGUUUGAGUUUGCUGUCAAGUUCAAUGCUCUGGAGUUGGAUGACAGUGACCUGGCCCUGUUUGUUGCUGCCAUUAUUCUCUGUGGAGAUCGCCCUGGUUUAAUGAACGUAAAGCAGGUGGAACAAAGCCAGGACAGCAUCCUCCAGGCCCUUGACCUCCAUCUCCAAGCAAACCACUCUGACUCUCUCUACCUCUUUCCCAAGCUGCUUCAGAAGAUGGCCGAUCUCCGUCAGUUGGUUACUGAGAAUGCCCAACUCGUCCAAAAGAUCAAAAAGACUGAGUCGGAGACCUCGCUCCAUCCUCUACUACAGGAGAUCUAUAAAGACAUGUAUUAGAGGAAUCUCCAGCACAGACUGACUUUGAAGCAAUACUGUUACAGAUUGAAUUUUUGCGGUUAUAAAAUAACACACUGCAUUCAGUGAAGGCACUGUUUUCCAUACACGGGCAUGGAUUUUUAUUUUUUUGACCCACAGAUAAGUCAGAUUCACUUGGUUAGGGUGAUCACAAGCAGCAGAACUCCCACAGUAUCAGCAUUGCUCUCACCGUGCAAUGAGCAUCUGGAAUCAUUUGCUGCAAGCCUUAGUUUCCCACAACGGCCACCUAACAUGGAGAGUGAUAUGUUUUCUUCCAGAGGCUGCUCCCGUUUCAUCCUCACAGCAAAGCUGACCCCAGAGCAGUGUUUUGAGAAAGAGAGAGAAAACUUCUCCUUACUCUCUUCAGCUCUGUGUUUUGCUGCAAAGGGAAAGCACUUCAUGGUCCUUCACCAGUGGUACAGCUGAAAUGGAAGAGGGAUAUCAGGGUUUUUUUAAUUCAUGACAGAGUGAUUGCAAUUAUUUUCAUUAUAAUAUUUUAGAGAUGCACACGUUAUUUGUUUACAACAUCAUCAACAUUAACUCUUCCAUCUGGCCAUUUGGUUUGGAGAACACAAACUGGGCUGGCUCCAGCAGUGUCGAGCUCUCAUGGUGAAACUGUCUGUGCAAUGCUAUUUCCACUUGCCAACAUAUAAAAUCCAGCUUAUAUAGGUUUUUAUCUCAAAAGCCAUUGCCCCAAGUGAAAAUAAACUGAGUUGACACUAUAGGCAUGUAACUUUUAAAAAGUUUGAGGGAUAGCAUGCUUGCUUUCUUUCUUGCAGAAAACUGACCUUGCCAUUGUUUGACUUUGUUAGCGCAUUUCUCUGAUUGUGUUACAAAUGGUUUU